AAUCACUGUUAAUGGAGCAGUUCUGCUCUGUAAAGAUUAUCAACAUCUUGGAAGAGGAAGUGGUUACCUUUGCUGUGGAUGUUAUGCUACUAAGUUCAGGAAAACUCUUAGACGAUGUGCUUGUAGAAAUGGGAUAUGGCUUGUUACCUAAGGGACAAAAUUUUAAGAAGCAAAGUGCGGUUCAAAGUGAGCCUGAAGAUGUUGGGAAAAUGACAGCUGAAAACAAAAUUGUUGUAGACAGAAGAGACUUAAUCCCAAAAGUGUUAACUUUGAAUGUAGGUGAUGAGUUCUGUGGUGUGGUUUCCCACAUUCAGACUCCAGAAGACUUUUUUUGUCAAAAACUACAAAGUGGACAUAAGCUCGCUGAACUGCAGGCAUCCCUUAAUGAGUACUGUGGUCAAGUGUCUCCACGCUCAGAUUUUUAUCCAACCAUUGGUGACAUCUGCUGUGCUCAGUUCUCGGAGGAUGAUCAGUGGUACCGUGCCUCCGUCUUGGCUUACGCCUCUGAAGACUCUGUGCUGGUCGGAUAUGUAGAUUACGGAAACUUUGAAAUCCUGAGUUUGAAAAGACUGUGCCCCAUAACUCUGAAGUUGUUGGAAUUGCCAAUGCAAGCAAUAAAGUGUGUGCUGGCAGGGGUAAAGCCAUCAUUAGGAAUUUGGACUCCAGAAGCUAUAUGUCUAAUGAAAAAAACUGUACAGAACACAAUGAUCACGGUGAAAGUGGUGGACAAGUUGGAGAACAGUUCCGUGGUGGAGCUUAUAGAUAAAUCCAUGACACCUCCUAUCAGUGUUACUGAAGUUCUCACAGAUGCAGGCUUUACUGUCCGGGAAAAGGGGAUAGUGAAAGAGAAGCUCAGUGACAUGAAAGAAGCCAGUGCUCCCUUGGGUGUAGAAGCAAAACUAAAUCCAUUGGCAUGGACAUGGGUUGCCCUUACUGUUGACCAAACAGUAGAUGUUGUGGUCUGUUUGAUACAUAGUCCUGGAGAAUUUUAUUGUCACAUGCUUAAAGAGGAUGCUUUAAAGAAACUCAAUGAUUUGAACAAAUCACUAGCAGAACUUUGCCAGCAGAAGUUGUCUAAUGACUUUAAGGCAGAAAUAGGGCAACCUUGUUGUGCUUUUUUUUCAGGUGAUGGCCGUUGGUAUCGUGCUUUAGUCAAGGAAAUUGUACCAAAUGGAAACAUUAAAGUACAUUUUGUGGAUUAUGGAAACAUUGAAGAAGUUACUGCAGAUGAACUCCAAAUGAUCCCCUCUGAAUUUUUAACGCUUCCAUUUCAAGGGAUACAGUGUUGGUUAGUAGAUAUACAGCCUAGAAACAAACACUGGACUAAGGAAGCCAUAGCAAAAUUUCAGAUGUGCGUUGCAGGGAUAAAACUACAAGCCCGAGUGGUUGAAAUCUCUGAAAAUGGAGUGGGACUUGAGCUCACCGAUCUCUCCACUUGUUAUCCCAGAAUAAUUAGUGAUAUUCUCAUUGAGGAACAUCUGGUUGUAAAAGCCAGUUCACCACAAAAAGACUGUGCAACAAACAGACCUGUCAAUAAACAUGAUCUUCAGAUUGAAACCCCAGGGCAUCAAGCUGUCUCUUUAGCUCAGCAGUGGAGGACAAUAGAAUUGCCAGUUGAUAAAACUGUACAAGCCAGCAUAUUAGAAAUCAUAAACCCAAACCUAUUUUAUGCUCUGCCAAAUGACAUGCCAGAAGAUCAGGAAAAACUGUACAUAUUGACAACUGAAUUGUUAGUAUAUUGCAAUGCUCAGACGAGGCGAUCAUCCUAUAGACCAAGAGCUGGAGAUGCGUGCUGCGCCCAAUACACAAGUGAUGAUCUCUGGUACCGCGCUAUUGUUCUGGGGGCGUCAGAGGCCGAGGUAAAAGUGAUCUAUGCGGACUAUGGAAACGUGGAAACUCUGCCUCUUUGCAGAGUGCUGCCAAUCUCUGCCAGCCACCUGGAACUUCCUUUCCAAAUUAUUAAAUGUUCGUUCGAAGGACUAAUGGAAUUGAAUGGAAGCUGUUCUCAACUAGUAAUAGAGCUACUAAAAAACUUCAUGUUGAAUCAGAAUGUAAUGCUGUCUGUCAAAGGAAUCACUAAGAAUGUUCAUACCGUGUCGGUUGAGAAAAGCUCUGAGAACGGUGCUGUCAGUCUAACUGAUAAGCUGGUGAUGUAUGGUCUGGCAAGAAACAUCACAUCUAAACAGCAAAAUGCUCUAAAUAAAGAAAAGAUGAACAGGAUGAAUUGCUGCUGCUCAGAAUUACAGAAACAAGUUGAAAAACAUGAACAGAUUCUUCUCUUCCUCUUAAACAAUCCAACCAAUCAAAAUAAAUUUAUUGAAAUGAAAAAGUUGUUAAGAAGUUAAGUUGAAGACAUCACUUUAAGAAAAAC